AUGGAAAGUGAAGACUGCUUUAUUGACAAUAAUUUCAUAAAAUAUGCUUUGAUUGCACUUUUUGAAGACGCAAUCAACAAAAUUGAAAUUCUGGAAACCAUAAAAGGUUGGCCGGAAAUAAAAGCACAGUUGGACGAUUUUAAAAAACAAGCAAACGCAAAAUUAGAGUACGUAGUCGAAUACGAAAAUGCAAAGUGGGAAUUCAGCAACAUAAAGUAUAAUAUGGAAGUAGAAAAGCUCAACGAUUUAAUAAAGUUAACGACAUUAAACAUAGACAGGGAAGAAAGAGUUCAUGGUGAAAACACGAAAUUUCUCAUGGAAUUAAUAAGUGACUUAAAUGAGUCAAUUCAAGAGUGGCAAAAUAAGUAUGACAAAACUAUAGCUAAAAUGUCCGAUGAUACAAAGGAAAUAAACGAAAAACUAAACCAACUGGAGUCUGAAAAACAGUCGUUACAAGAUGUGUAUAAAAGUAGAGAUGACGAAAUGAUGGCUUAUGAACGACAUAAGGAAUAUUUGGCAAAACAAAGAGCGGAAUUAGAAAUGAAAAUGCGCUCUGCUACAUCCAUACAAGCUUGGUGGAGGGGAGUCAUGGUCAGAAAAGGAUUUGGUCCUUACAGAAAAAAGGAUAAAAAGUCUAAGAAAAAGGGAAAUAACAAAGGUACAAAGAAAUAACAACACAAUUCCAUCAUUAUGUACGUGUAGAGGAAAUAAAACGAAUAAAAUAAAUAUGUUUUAUUUACA